CAAAGCAUUCCAGAUCUUGCACGAUGAAAGCCGCAUUCUCUGUUCUGGGCUUCCUGGGCCUGGCCGCUGCGGCAUUGCCAGAAUGGAACUCGUACCCUGGACACUCUCCGGCGGUCGAGAAUCGCACGCUGGACGAGAUCUACGCCGCGGCCAAGAAGGAGCAAGGAAGUCUGGUGGUUCUCUGGGGAGGAGACGCCGUCAGCCAGGGCGAAUCCACCAUCAAGGCGUGGAAAGCCCGAUUCCCCGACAUUGAACUGAACCUCACCGUCGACGUGUCCAAGUACCAUGACAGUCGGGUCAAUCGCCAGUUCCAGCGCACCGGGUCCGACGGCGCCGAUAUUGCCGUCUUGCAAACGGUCCACGACUAUGUCCGCUGGAAGAAGGAGGGUCGGCUGUACCCCUAUAAACCGGCGCAUUGGGAGGAUGUCUGGGCCGAUAUCAGAGAUCCGGACGGCGCGUUCAUCGGAACUUUCAUCUAUGGCUUCGGAACCCUAAUCUACAACCCUGCCCUGCUCGACGAGUCCGCCGUCCCGUCCACCUACGAGGAAUUCACCCGCCCCGAAUGGAAGAGCAAGCUGGUGCUCACGUACCCCAACGACGACGACGCCGUGCUGUACCUCUUCUCCAUCAUCAUCAACCAAUACGGCUGGGAAUGGUUCGACGCGCUCCUCCAGCAGGACGUGAAAUGGGUACGCGGCACCGGGGAGCCCGCCGCCGAAAUCGCGCGCAAGCAGUCCACCCGCUCACUGUCCUUCACCACUUCACCCCGCGGGAACCUGUCCACCUCCGACCCCAAGGACACGCACGUGUACUGGCCCCAGACGGGCGCUAUCUUCGCGACGACGCCGCGGCCGGAAAGCGCCAAGCUGUUCAUGAGCUGGCUGCUGAGUGACGAGCACCAGAAGACGUUCAACGGGAGCUAUCUGGCGCGGAAGGAUCUAUCGUCUACGGCAGGGAGUGUGUGGGAGGAUCCGGCGUCGCCGCUGACGCGGUUUUCGACUUUCAUGGAGAAUCGCGAGACGGUGGAGUGGUGGAAGUUGCAGUUUGAGACGGAGAUUGGGACGGCACAGGGGGAUAUUUCUUUGUUGCGUGGGAAUUAGAUUUUUUGAUCUGGUAGAUCUUGCGGAUGGAGUGUAGAGCUUUGGUAGACUUUACUAUCGUUUAUCCUUAUGUUUCUUGGGCGAGGUGUAUCAUUCACUCAGACUAGUCACAGCGUCCAAGGAUUAUGCUGUUUAUAAUCUGC